GAGGGCAGCCAUAGAGUUGCGAUGGGGAGGUGCCCGUGCUGCAUAAGGGAAGGCCUCAACAGAGGAGCUUGGACUGCUGAGGAGGACAAGAUCCUCACCGAUUACGUGCUGGCACACGGUGAAGGCAGAUGGAGAGUUCUCCCUAAGAAAGCAGGACUCAACAGGUGCGGGAAGAGCUGUAGGCUUAGGUGGUUGAAUUAUUUGAGACCUGAUAUCAAGAGGGGAAACAUUUCGGAGGACGAGGAGGAGCUUAUCAUCAGGAUGCACAAGCUUCUUGGAAACAGAUGGUCUCUGAUAGCAGGACGCCUGCCAGGGCGAACAGACAAUGAAAUAAAGAACUACUGGAACACCAACUUGGUCAAGAAGCUGCAGCAAAGGCACGCACCUUCUUCUUCAUCAUCGCCCACCAAGAAGAAGCGAGCCAGUCCCGGCACCAAGGCCAAAAAAUCUGCGGGCAAGCGGCCAAAGAGCAGGGCGAAGGCUCGGAUGGCGGCCGAGAAGCCCGCGGGCAACAUGAGCCCGCCGCUCGAUAAUAAUCCCGCAGGAACCGCUGCUGCCGGUUCCAAAGCCAGAGAAGAAGAGGAACAGGAAGAACACGGGGAAAGGCCUAGACCGACUCCAGACAACCUGGCUUCUCAGGAAGUGCCCAGGGCCGGGUCGGAGGACGCUCCGACGGAUGCUUAUCUCGAUCUCAUCGGCGGUGCCUCGGCCCCGGAGAACUCAGAUUUGUUGAGGUUUGAUGGAGAAAUAAUGGUCACUGACUUGGAGAAUAACAACGAUGAUACGGCCUUCCUUUUCGAAAAGGCGCUGGUAGAGGAGUAUUUGAUGGGUGAUGCCUUCAAUGUCCCACCUGGUAUGGAUUCAGACAUCGAAUCUCUACGUGGUUUCUUGGACUCGGAGAAUAUUGGUUGGAUCUGAACAGGGGAACUUGUAACCAAGUUGAAGGAGUAAAAUAACUAUUGAGACUUGAAACGGGGAA